AUGGCUUUAAUUCAGAAGCUUCUUCUCGGCACUUUGUUAUGUGGAGGCUUUCUUCCGGCUGAUUCGACCAUUCAACAUCUCCAUCAGUCCAGCCGAAGGCUGCGAGGCUGCCUGGCCAUGGUUGACAUAAAGUGGACGCCAGGCUCUGACGAACCCAUCGCUCCAUUCUCAAAGAGAGCACGCGAGGCCCAGGGGAAGACCACUGAAGCCGGCGACAGCAGGAGGAGCGUGGGCGUGAUGGGCAUUGUUGCAGGCAUCGGAGGCGCGAUCUGGAGGAAUCCAAAGGAGGCUAGCUACGUACUGUCAGCAGGAGCAGCAGGAUAUAUGGCGUACAGUCUGAGAAAGAAAGUGCAAGGGGGUUGGCCGGUGAUCAUUCAGAGCCAAUAUCCAACUAUGACCUUCCUCCGACCGAAUGCAAAAUACAUGAAGAACGAGUUCUUGCCCACGUUGACGAACCUGCCGAUCAAUCAUGAGCUGAGCGGCCUGACGAUGAAAUCGCAAGUUCCACCUGGGUUCUCGUGCUUCAAGAAGAAGAUGAAGGUUGGUCACGGGUACGAUGAUUUUGUCGAAUCUUGCCAUGCCGUCAAGUCGCUGCGGGUGUUGGACACGGUUGAUUGGCUCGGCGCACAUUUAGCAACUCAGCAAGCUCUCGUGCCUGAGAAGAUUCAACGCGACAAUCUUGCUAUUACGAUCAAGACCAGACUCGGCUAUGCUGUCUUGCCAUGGAGGAUGUCUCACUGUGAUCCCCUGCCGAGGGCUGAAGCUCAGGACCAAUCAAACGCAACAUCAACCGCGUCCGACGCCUCUAACAAAGGAGAGACGCUCACUUGGUCGAUGGGCUGCAGCACCCUGAUGGGAAACAAUUUCGAGGGAGAAUUGAAAUUUGAAGUCACGAUGGAAGACGAGAAGGCAGACCGGGACGGGGACGUUUGGAUUGAGAUCCUUGCAAUCACAAGAAGGGCCAAAGGAGCAAGCAUCUUCUCGCACAGGAACUGGCGCAAAGUCUUGCAGCGGGCUAUGGAAGAGAUGCUCAAGAACAUCAAGCCUCUCCUUGAGACUCAGAAGGAGAUGAGAGCGAUUCGAAGCAGAAGGCAGCUGGAAGCGAACAAGGAAUGCCGGGAGGAGUGGGCGGCGAAAGUGGCGAAACAAGUACAGAGGCAGCAGGACUUGCAGGAUUUCAAGCCGAAAGAAGGGUUCAAUGGCCUUCAUGUGAAGUAG